GCUGUCAAAUCCCAUUAUAAAUAUGUAGGUGUUUUUAUCUCUCAAAUCAUAACACAUGCAAAGACACUCUCAUUGAACCUUGAUCUCUUUCUUUGAUCACUUGGUCCGUUUCCACUUUCUCCCAAGAGUACUUGCUCAUGGGUGCUCUAUCAGACUCCUCCAGAAAUCACAUCAUCCCCCUUGACUUCGCUUCAGUCCAAACAGUGCCUGAAUCCCAUGUAUGGUCGGAAUCCGAUGAUGAAUACCGGUGUCCUCCCGGCGUCCGCUCCGGUACAGCUGACCCAUGUUUAUCAGUACCCGUCAUCAAUCUCUGGGAUCCGAAUGCCUCGGAGCUCAUUUUCGAGGCAUGUGAGAAAUGGGGUGUUUUUCAGUUGACGGGUCAUGGCAUUCCGGCAAAGCUUAUGGAGGAGGUGGAGUCUAAGACUCAAAGGUUAUUUUCUCUCCCCGUUGACCAGAAAUUGAAGGUCUUAAGAUCCCCGGGUGGCGGCACCGGAUACGGCCGGGCUGUGAUCUCGCCGUUCUUUCCGAAGCAUAUGUGGCACGAGGGGUUUACUAUCAGGGGUCCUCCAGCAGAUCAUGCCAAGCAGCUUUGGCCCCAUGAUUUUGAAGAGUUUUGUGAGACAAUGGAUGAUUAUCAGAAGCAAAUGAAGGCACUAAUCGAGCAACUAAUCCACAUUAUCUUGAAAUCCUUGAACAUUAAUCCCCAACAAUUGAAUUGGCUUAAGAGUCACUGCUCUGGUCACGAAACUAGUACUACUCCCGGCACUGCUUUGCAGCUAAAUUCUUACCCUCCCUGCCCCAACCCUAACCGAACCAUGGGUCUAGCACAACAUACGGACACUUCCCUCAUAACCAUACUCCAAGCUCAGACCAGCGGCCUUCAAAUCUUCCGAGACGAUGUGGGAUGGAUUUCGGUGCAACCCGUACGCGGUGCACUCACCGUAAAUAUUGGUGACUUCCUCCACGUUCUAUCCAACGGCCGAAUUGUUAGCGUUCUUCAUCGUGUGGUGGUGAACCCGGUCCAACGAUUCUCAGUGGCCUACUUCUAUGCUCCGCCUUCAGAUUUUGUUGUCUCGCCUCUUCUCUCCAAGGCUUUGGGUGAUUCGGGACAAGGCACCGUUGCACGGUAUCGCACUGUUACUGCCAAGGAGUUUAUUGAUAUGAAGGGCAAGCAUCUUGACCGAGCUCUUUCCUUGAUUAAAACUUAAAAUGGGAAAUUACUUGUGACAUUUCUAAUUAAACUAGCUAGGUCAAAUUCUAAGGGGGUCUUUUGCGUGCAUCAUGCCACAUACAUGCAAGCAAACUAUUCUUGUUUUCAUGUUCGAAAAUGACAAAGAUCACCAUCAUUGUUGGAACAUAUUACACGUUACGAGUUUAAUUAAAAUCAAUAAUUUUCCUUUCAUUUCCUAAUGAGAAAAUUGUCUUCAUGAGUUAACUUUCA